AUGUCGCUUCUGGGGACUUUCAACCAUAGCGUGACCACCGAGGCAACCAGUGAGUCUGUCUCGGUGGCUCGCGAACUACACCACCAUGAUCCCGCCAACAGUGUCAGCAGCGAAGACACGGCCCUCGAGAAGAACGAGGUUGGCAACGAGGACGUGAUCGAGGCCGAGGUCACUCGUCUGGCCCGCCAACUUACCCGCGAAUCGACUCGAUGGGCCGAUGGCGAGAACACUUUCCUCGAAACCAAGGAGGACUCGACCCUCAACCCGCACAGCGACAACUUCAAGGCCCGCAAUUGGAUGAAGAACUUGCUCGCUAUUACCAACCGCGAUCCUGAACGCUAUCCAACCCGCCAGGCGGGUGUCUCGUUCCGCAACCUUAGUGUGCACGGUUACGGUAGCCCCACAGAUUACCAAAAGGACGUGUUCAACUCUGUCCUGCAGGUGGCUGCAUUGGCUCGCAUGGUUACAGACACAGGCAAGCAGAAGAUUCAGAUUCUGCGUGACUUUGAUGGCCUGGUCAAGAGCGGCGAGAUGCUGGUCGUCCUGGGACGUCCUGGUUCCGGUUGCUCGACCUUCCUGAAGUCUCUGGCCGGCGAGAUGAAUGGUAUCCACAAGGACGACAAGACAUACAUGAACUACCAGGGUAUCUCUGACAAGCAGAUGAAGAACCAGUUCCGCGGCGAGGCUAUCUACACUGCUGAGACCGAUGUUCACUUCCCCCAGUUGACCGUUGGUGACACCCUCAAGUUCGCUGCGCUGGCCCGCGCUCCCCGCAACCGUCUGCCUGGUGUUUCUCGCGACCAAUAUGCUGAGCACAUGCGUGAUGUGGUCAUGGCUAUGCUUGGUCUCUCUCACACUAUCAACACUCGCGUCGGUAAUGAUUUCGUCCGUGGUGUUUCUGGUGGUGAGCGCAAGCGUGUUUCCAUCGCCGAGGCUACUCUCUGCGCCAGUCCUCUCCAGUGCUGGGAUAACAGUACCCGUGGUCUGGACAGUGCCAACGCUUUGGAGUUCUGCAAGACUCUGAACCUCAUGGCCAAGUACUCCGGUACUACUUGUGCAGUUGCCAUCUACCAGGCCUCUCAGAGUGCCUAUGACGUCUUUGACAAGGUUACCGUCCUGUAUGAGGGUCGUCAGAUCUACUUUGGCCGCACUACCGAGGCCAAGGAGUUCUUCACCAACAUGGGCUUCGAAUGCCCCGAACGUCAGACAACCGCCGAUUUCCUGACCUCCCUGACUAGCCCUGCUGAGCGUAUUGUCAAGAAGGGCUUCGAGAACCUUGUGCCCCGCACCCCCGAUGAGUUCGCUGCCGCCUGGAAGAACAGCAAGGAUUACAAGGAGUUGCUCCGUGAGAUUGAGGAGUUCGACAAAUCCUAUCCCCUCGGCGGUGAAUCCCUCCAGAAGUUCGUCGACUCGCGCCGUGCCAUGCAGGCCAAGAACCUGCGUGUUCGCUCUCCAUACACCAUCUCUGUUUGGCAGCAGGUCAGCUUGUGCAUGAACCGUGGUUUCCAGCGCCUCAAGGGAGAUGCUAGUUUGACCCUGUCCCAGUUGAUUGGUAACUUCAUCAUGGCUCUUAUCAUCGGCUCCGUCUUCUUCAAUCUCAAGGAUACUACCGAUAGUUUCUACUCUCGUGGUGCCCUUCUGUUCUUCGCUGUUCUCCUCAACGCUUUCUCCAGUGCCCUGGAAAUCUUGACUCUCUAUGCGCAACGCCCUAUCGUCGAAAAGCAAGCUCGCUACGCUAUGUAUCAUCCAUUCGCUGAGGCUAUUGCUUCUAUGUUGUGUGAUAUGCCGUACAAGUUGCUUAAUGCAGUUACCUUCAACGUGACUCUCUACUUUAUGACGAAUCUGCGCCGCACCCCUGGCGCAUUCUUCACGUUCCUGGUGUUCUCAGUCUUCACAAUGUUGACCAUGUCUAUGAUCUUCCGGACUAUUGCCGCUACCUCUCGAACCCUGUCUCAGGCUCUAGUGCCAGCCGCUAUUCUGAUCCUGGGUCUGGUCAUCUACACUGGUUUCACCAUUCCUCCCCGCAACAUGCUUGGCUGGUCUCGCUGGAUGAACUACAUUGAUCCUAUUGGAUACGGCUUUGAAUCGCUGAUGGUUAACGAAUUCCAUAACCGUUGGUUCGACUGUCUGGACUCGGCUAUGAUUCCUGCUGGUCCUGGAUAUAACAAUGUUCCACCGACUAGCAAGAUCUGUUCUGCUAAGGGUGCUCGCGCUGGUUCUAACCGGGUCUUCGGUAACGAUUACCUUGCCGACAGCUUCCAGUACUAUAACAGCCACAAGUGGCGCAACUUGGGUAUCAUGAUCGGUUUCAUGAUCUUCUUCAUGGCUACCUACCUAACUGCCACCGAGUACAUCUCCGAGUCCAAGUCCAAGGGUGAGGUCCUGCUCUUCCGUCGUGGCCACGCCCCUAAGCGUACCUCCGAUGAUGACAUCGAACUGAGCAACACCAUUGCCCCCGGCCAGAAGACCGAUGAGACCAGCAGCCAGGAAGUGUCCGCUGGUAUCCAGCGCCAGACCGCUGUCUUCCACUGGCAAGACGUGUGCUACGAUAUCAAGAUCAAGAGUGAGGAGCGCCGUAUUUUGGAUCACGUUGAUGGUUGGGUCAAGCCUGGUACCUGCACUGCCCUGAUGGGUGUUUCUGGUGCCGGCAAGACUACUCUUCUGGAUGUCCUUGCUACCCGUGUCACUAUGGGUGUUGUCUCUGGUGAGAUGCUUGUUGAUGGCCGCCCCCGUGACCAGUCCUUCCAGCGUAAGACUGGUUAUGUCCAGCAGCAGGAUCUCCAUCUCUACACCACUACCGUCCGUGAAGCACUGCGCUUCAGUGCUAUGCUCCGCCAGCCUGCCCAUGUUUCUCGCCAAGAGAAGCUGGACUACGUCGAAGAGGUCAUCAAGCUCUUGGGUAUGGAAGCCUAUGCUGAUGCCAUUGUUGGUGUUCCCGGUGAAGGUCUGAACGUCGAGCAGCGUAAGCGUUUGACUAUCGGUGUCGAGCUUGCUGCCAAGCCCCAGCUGCUUCUGUUCCUCGAUGAGCCCACUUCCGGUCUUGACUCGCAAACUUCCUGGUCCAUCCUCGAUCUUAUUGACACCCUGACCAAGCACGGACAAGCUAUUCUCUGCACUAUUCACCAACCCUCCGCAAUGCUCUUCCAGCGUUUCGAUCGUCUGCUGUUCCUCGCCAAGGGUGGAAGAACAGUUUACUUUGGCGAGAUUGGCGAGAAGUCUUCCACCCUGUCUAGCUACUUUGAACGCAACGGUGCCCCUAAGCUCCCUGUCGAUGCUAACCCUGCCGAAUGGAUGCUGGAGGUCAUUGGUGCCGCUCCCGGUUCUCACAGUGAUGUCGAUUGGCCUGCCGUCUGGCGCGACAGUCCUGAGCGCAAGGGCGUCCACGAGCACCUGGCUGAACUCAAGGCGACUCUCUCCCAGAAGCCCGUCGAGGAGUCCAGCAACAACACCGAAAAUUUCAAAGAAUUCGCCGCGCCCUUCACUGUCCAGCUCUAUGAGUGUCUCGUCCGUAUCUUCAGUCAAUACUGGCGCACCCCGGUCUACAUCUACUCCAAGGCUGCUCUUUGCAUUCUCACGUCUCUCUACAUCGGUUUCUCCUUCUUCCAGGCACAGAACUCCCAGCAGGGUCUUCAAAACCAGAUGUUCAGUAUUUUCAUGCUGAUGACCAUCUUCGGUAAUCUGGUUCAACAAAUCAUGCCCCACUUCGUUACCCAGCGCUCUCUCUACGAAGUCCGUGAACGUCCCUCAAAGACCUACUCCUGGCAAGCAUUCAUGAGUGCGAACAUCCUGGUCGAACUCCCCUGGAACACUCUCAUGGCCGUCUUCAUCUUCGUCUGCUGGUACUACCCGAUCGGUCUGUACCGCAACGCCGAGGAGGCUGGUAACGUUCACGAGCGUGGUGCACUGAUGUUCCUGCUUAUCUGGUCUUUCCUGCUCUUCACCUCCACUUUCGCCCACAUGAUCAUCGCCGGUAUCGAUCUCGCCGAGACCGGUGGUAACCUGGCCAACUUGCUGUUCUCCCUUUGCCUGAUUUUCUGCGGUGUCCUCGCUACUCCCGCACAGAUGCCCGGCUUCUGGAUCUUCAUGUACCGUGUCUCGCCGUUCACGUAUCUCGUCUCCGCAAUGCUGUCAACUGGUGUCUCCGGCGCCACAGCCACCUGCGAGAGCAUCGAGUACCUGCACUUCGAAACCCCAAAUGGCGAGACCUGCUUCCAGUACAUGGAGCCCUACAUCAACCUGGCCGGCGGCUACCUCCUGGACAACAAUGCCACCACCGAUUGCUCCUACUGCACCGUCAAGUCCACUGAUGUCUUCCUUGCCCAGGUGGUCAGCUACUACAAGGAUGCCUGGCGCAACUUUGGCAUCAUGUGGGUCUACAUCAUUGUCAACAUCUUCCUGGCUGUUGGCAUCUACUGGCUCGCUCGUGUGCCCAAGGGCAACCGCAGCAAGAGCACCAAGUAG